AUGCCUCUCUCCCUCUACGACAUCACUGUCCCGGUCUUCAUCCGCGGCCUCACCAACCUUUCCGCCAUCCUCUCUAAGGGCUCAACCUACGCCGAUGCACAAAACCUCCCCCCAGCCCACCUUCUCGAAGCCCGCCUGAUCGAAGACAUGGCCGCUCUACCAUAUCAAAUCCAGAGAGUCAGCGAUCACGCCAAAGAUUCCGCCGCCCGCCUCGCCGGAGUCGAAGCCGUCCCAAUGCCAGACGACGAAACCACCUUUGAAGAGCUACAGACACGCAUUCAGAAGACGAUUGACUUCCUGAAGACGGUGCCGGAGGACGGCAUGGACGGGAAGGAGGAGGAGGAGAUAGUCCUGAACGUGAAAGUGGCGACGUUGGAGUUUACCACCGCGAAGAGUUACGUCUUGGAUUUCGUGCUGCCGAAUUUCUACUUCCACCUCACGACGGCCUAUGACAUCCUUAGACACAACGGGGUGCCUGUCGGGAAAUUGGACUACAUUGGGAGUGUUAAGAUGAAGGCGGAGAAGCCCUGA